AUGAAAAAAAAUCAAUUUUUUCAUAUUGUUGAAAAUAACGACUUAUCUACUGCAUCAGGUGAAAAUUCGUUUUUUGAUUUAUCCGUUAAUUCCAAUGUGGACUUUAAAAAUGAAGAAAAAGAAAAAAAAAAUUUCGAUAACGUUGACGUUGAUAAUGUCCAACGUGAUAUUUUGAAUAAUCUUACUAAAAGAAAUGCUUUGAAUUACUUAGGUUUAUGCAACAAAAAAGAAAAUUUUGAACAUUUCAAAUGUGCAAAUAGGUCACAUGAAAAAAGCACUCUCCAUGCACAUAUAAAAUGUAAUAAGCACAAAGGAAAAAACGACUAUGAUAUGUAUCCUGCAUGCAUAAAAUAUGAAUAUGAAAAUAAUAUAUCAAGUGAUAUGUUAAAUUGUACGGAAAGAAAUGUAUCAAAUAUUGAGCCGAGUGAUGUAUCAAAUUAUAAGCUGAGCGAUGUUGUGCAUUUACCGAACUCCUGUUAUAGUAACAUCAACCAGGAAGAAGUUAUGAACAGGGAUUGUGUAAAAAAUAAAACUAUUUAUAAUAAUAGAGAAACGAAAAGAAAAAACGAUUUUUAUUGCUUGCAACAAAUAAUACAUAAUAAUUUAAAUAAUAACUAUGAUAAAAAUGAAAUAAAAAUUUUUCAUAUUUAUCAUGAUAAUAGAGCUGAAUGUUUAUUUAAUGACAUAAGUGUAAUAAAAUUCUAUGGGCAUAAAAAUAUAUGUAUAUAUGAAAAUAAAAAUUACAUAUAUAAUAAAAUUAAUACCAAUUUAUUUCAACAUAAUGAAGAAAAGAAAAAAAUGAUGUCUUUUAAUGUAGAUAAUGAUAUUUAUGAAUAUUUAUAUAAAGAAAAAAUAAAGCUAGUCAAUAAUAAAAAAGAUGGUAAUUGUAGUGCAGACGGAUUUAAUAAUAAAAAGGAUGAAAGUAACAAAGAAGUGCAAUACUUUCAGUUUUACAUUCACAAAUAUCCAUCUUUCUUAAAAGAUAAAAUAAAAACAUUUAUACAUAUAUAUAACAUGUUUAGUGUAUAUCCUUAUAUUAAUCAUAAAUUCAUUGAAGAUGGUAUAUAUUCCGAAAACUUAAAAGUUACUUGGAGUUGUGAAAAAUUAUUACAUAUAAGAUGGCACUUCUGUGAGGAAAACGAAUUAAAAGAAAUACUAAAUGACAUCGUCUUAAAUAAAAAAAAAGAGCAUAAUUUUGAUGAAAAUUUUAUGAAAAUCAAUGAUUUUCUUUACAUUAAUUUCUUAACACAAGAAAUAAAAAUACUUGAUAUACGCAACAAUCAAUUUGAUGAAAAUAAUUACAUAAUAUUAAAUGGCAGUGGUCUUUGUUUUUCUGCUCAUUAUUAUAUAAUGGUGCCUUAUCACAGGUAUAUUAACGAAAGUAGCAGAAAAGACAAUACAAAUGAUAAAAAUGGUGAUGCUAAUAAAAAUGAUAAAAACUAUCAUUUAACUUAUGAAUAUAUUUAUCUAUCGCAACUAUUUAAUAUUUAUGAUGAUUUCAACAUAUGCUUUUUAUAUCCAUUAUGUGUUUCUUAUUUUUUUUAUUAUCAUUUGUUUGUCAAAGAUAAAAUUAAAAAUGUAGUUGCAUCAUCACCGCAAGGAAUUUCCGAAAUGGAAGACAUAAAAUAUAACAAUACUUGUGAAGAGUCUUAUAUUAAUCAAUUAAAUGAUAUAUAUGUUAAAUUAAAAAACUGUUUUAAAAAAAAUAUACUGGAUGAUACACAUAAUUCUACUAUAAAAGUAAAAGGUGAUACUAUUGAAUUUUUAAUCCCACAAAGUUGUUACAAAAAUUUCGAAAAUGUAGAAUUCGUUAAUGAGAAAUCUUAUUAUUUGACGUUACUCUAUGUCAUAUGCAUAAGUAAGCAUGGGUUAUAUGAUAACCAAAAAAAAUUAGCUAACAUGGAUUGGUGCAAUGAUUACAAUAUUCUGCAUGAUAAUUGUUUUUCUGCAGCUGAUUUAAAAGAUGGUUACAACAAAUGUACAGGUACUAAUAACUGCAGCAACAAGUAUACAAGUGGGAGUAGUAACUGUCAUUGUACUAGUGCUCCGACUAACUCUACCACAAGAAAGUUCAACUGUGAUAACCCAAUGAAGGCAUAUCAUGGUGAAGGAGAAAAAUGGCAAUGGUGGUGCAGAGAAAAUUUAUUAUGCUCCAACGAGAUUAAAGAAAUUAGUAAUUUACGCAAUAUUUUUCCCGAUAAUAUAAAAAAUUAUUUUAAUACAUGUAACAAAAUUGACAAUAUCAUAAAAGUUAGCAUACGCAAUGAUGGCAUGUGUUUUUUUUAUGUUAAAAGUAUCGUCAGCGAAUAUUUAUUUUAUUCAUUUUUCAUAUUAUUUAACUCGAAAGAAAAUCUUCUUCAGCUAAUGAGGAGCAGGAAAACGAGUAACCAUAAUGGUAAUAUUAAAAGUGAUAGUGUUGAUAAUGAGGAUGAUAUUAAAGGCAAUUAUGAUAAUGCUAAAAAAAAUAAUAAUAAUAAUAAAGUUAUAUAUAAUAAUAAUAAUAAAGUUAUAUAUAAUAAUAAUAAUAAUAAUAAUAAUAAUGUUAUAUGUAAUAAUAAUAAUAAUAAUAAUAAUGUUAUAUGUAAUAAUAAUAAUAAUAAUGUUAUAUGUAAUAAUAAUAAUAAUAAUAUUAUAUGUAAUAAUAAUAAUAAUAUUAUAUGUAAUAAUAAUAACUACAGCAUCAACUGUAGUGUUGGCAACUUGGACCGUCAUAUCACGAAUGACAGCAAAAAAGACAACUGCACAUUUGUUCCUAAGCUUAACCAAAAUAUGAGCGUUCACAAUAAUAAAGAACAUUUAACAGAUGACGGAUCUCGGUUAGAAGGUUACUAUAAAUUAAAUAACAAAUUUUACUACUUAAAUCCGAUUAAUUUAUUACAUACUUUUAAUAAUACUGACUUACAAAAUGAUGACUCUUUGUAUAAUUUUAAUUAUGUAAACAACAAAAGCGGGUUAUCACCUAUGUUCGCAAAUAUCCAUCGGAUAUUCGAAAUUAACAAUAUAAAAAAUGUUUAUAAUGAUAUUUAUAUUUGUGAAAAUAAAAAAGUAAAUACCUUCAAACUAAUUAAUAUAAUGAAUAAAGAAAAAAAAAAAAUUUUAACUCCUUACUAUUUCAACAUAAAUGAAUUAACUCCUCUCUUCUUUUUAAGGUUGUCAAAUACACAUAUAUAUGACAUCAAUAGACAAAUGAAUAAAGUUUUCGAAUAUAUAAAUUAUAAUAAUAAAACGUUUACACCUUUUUUAAAAGAACAUGAAAAUUAUGAAAUGAAUGUUCAGUUAGAUUUGUUAGAAAAUAUAUAUACCAUUAAUAAUGAACUAUAUUUAUUAUAUACUAAAAAAAUUAACUAUUCCCAUGAUAUUUAUAAAUAUAACUACUUAUAUGUUCAGGAUUAUCUACUAAAAAAUUAUAUGCUUUAUUAUAAUAUUUAUUUUACAAUACAUGAUGAAUUGAAAAAAAAUGCGUAUUAUAAAUUAAAAUAUACAAACAAAAAUAAAGAAACUAUAUCAAUUCACUUUACCGUAUCUUUUAAUUAUGUGUAUGAUCAAUUGAAGUCCCAUUUUCAACUAACUCCACAAUUCUGCAUAACCCACAUAGAGCAGAAUUCACAUCAAAAUUUUGAAGAACAUAAUUACAUAUCAUUCAUUCAAAAUUAUGUGAAUGAAAAAUGCUUAAAAUGA